UGACAACCGUGGUGAAACAGUGGUGAAAAUAUCCGUUACUGUAAACAAGGGCACCGUAAACAAUGCCGCUUUCCAAAUGAAUCAACCGCAGAAGCUGAUUUGAGGAGCUUGUUAGUUAAAGUAAUCAUCGACGAAACCAUCUACCAUAUAGUAAAAUGUCGAAACGAAAUGUGUGGACGGGGGAAGAAACGAUGGAGCUGCUGGAAAUCAUCAAGGAGAAGAACUUAAUGCAAGUGUUUGUUGCCAACCGCCAUCGAAAAGAUAUCGAUCUUUACAAGCAAAUAGAAAACGAAAUGAAGAAAAACGGGUUCCUUGACAAAGACGCCAACCAGAUAUAUCAUAAGUGGAAAAAUCUGAAGAGAAGCUUUUUCGUAUCAAAAAAAGUAAACAAAGGCAGAGCAUGCUGCGAAUUCUCCGACGAGCUGAAGGAAAUACUCGAAAAGAAGUACGUCACACCGCAAGAGAUAGAGGAGCAGGCACGAGAAAACUUAAUUUUGGAAGACGGAACACCCGCACCUGUGAAGAAGCGGCGCGGCCGUGCGUCGAAAACAAUCCGGAGUCAAAUAAUGAAUAAAUUGGCCAAGACGCAUAAGGAUAACAGCGAAGAGUUCAGCAAAAAGUGGAACGAUCUGUACGAUUACGAGUUUAAAUUGUACAAGCGCAAAGACAAAGAGCAAACGGUCGCACUGAAUGCUAUGCUGGAAGCUAAUCGAGACAGUCUAAUACGCCGAUACCGCUCCCUUUUCGAUGCGCCAAUUUUGCAAGUAGACCAAGCAGAGACCGAAAGCGCAAACGUUGUCGAAGUCGAAACUACCAAUACCGACCGUGUGGACAGUACGGCGAAAGAGUUUUAUCAAUCCCUUAAAUUUGUAUGAGCCUUGUUGCCACUUCGCUGCACCGAAGUUGAAUAGCUGUAAUAAAAACCGGUAA